GAGAGUCGGGAGACUGGAGACGUGUCUCUCUCGAGCAUGCAACUUGCUCCGCAUUAUGUUUCUUACAAGGGACGUAAUAGAAAAUAUCAAUCUCUACAUAAAGAGGGCAUUUCAUAUCAGAACCUGAUCAAUUCUACAAGGCAUUUGAGAAAAAAAAAUAUGAAGAUCACUGAAAUCCAAAGAACCAAAACCUCCCAUAGCCAUGGAGAUCGCCAUUGCUCUUCUUUUCACCUCCGUUCCUUUCUCUUUCUCUUCUUCUUCGUCUUCUUCUUCUUCACCUUCCCUUCUGCUGCAGCAGAAACAGCUCAAGCUCGUUACAAGGAUCCAAGAAUCCCGAUCGAAUACCGAAUCUCAGAUCUCCUCUCUCGGAUGACAAUUCAUGAAAAGAUCGGCCAAAUGGCACAAAUCGACCGCUCCGUCGCCUCUCCUGACGUUAUUAUAAAUCAUUCAAUCGGGAGUGUGUUGAACGGUGGAGGAAGUUCUCCAGCGCCAGACACUACCCCUGCUAUGUGGGCGGACAUGAUCGAUGGGUUCCAGAAGUCUGCCUUGUCAUCUAGGCUUGGAAUUCCUGUAAUGUAUGGCACGGACGCAGUCCAUGGACAUAAUAACGUCGUCGGUGCGACCGUUUUUCCUCAUAACAUCGGGCUUGGAGCUGCAAGGGAUGAGGAUUUGAUGGUGAAGAUCGGAGAAGCCUCUGCUUUGGAGGUUCAGGGCACCGGAAUUCCAUAUACUUUCGCUCCCUGUGUUGCCGUGUGUAGGGAUCCAAGGUGGGGUCGGUGCUACGAGAGCUACAGCGAGGAUACGCAGAUCGUGAGGAGCAUGUCCAAGAUCAUACUGGGCCUACAGGGCUACCCUCCUCACAAUCAUACUCUCGGUUACCCUUUCGUUGCUUCAGGGGGAAGGAAGGUGCUGGCUUGUGCAAAACACUACGCGGGCGAUGGUGGGACCCAAGGAGGGAUCGACGAGAACAAUACUGUGACCACAUAUGACGACCUGUAUCGCAUUCACAUGACGCCUUAUAUUGACGCAAUCGCCAUGGGAGUGUCAACUAUCAUGGCUUCUUACUCUAGCUGGAACGGCGUCAAGAUGCACGCCAACCCUUUCCUUCUCACUCGCAUUCUCAAACAAGAGAUGUCCUUCCAGGGUCUGCUCAUAUCAGACUGGGAAGCAGUUGACCGGAUCACCAUCCCACCCGGUUCACACUACAAAGAAAGCCUGAAGGCAGCCAUCAAUGCCGGAAUCGACAUGGUCAUGAUCCCUUAUAAAUACCAGCAAUACCUGGAAGACAUGAUGGAGCUUGUGUCGUCCGGCGAGAUUCCGAUCAGCCGGAUUGAUGAUGCUGUGAGGCGAAUCCUUAGGGUGAAGUUCAUUGUUGGGCUCUUCGAACGGCCCAUGUCUGAGCGGUCUCUCCAACCCAUGGUUGGACACCAGAGACACAGGGAAUUGGCAAGAGAAGCCGUGAGGAAGGGCUUGGUAUUGUUGAAGAACGGGAAGGGAGAGAAGAAGAUGCUUCCUUUGAGCAAGAAUGCCCCCAAGAUCCUUGUGGUUGGGUCUCAUGCACAUAACAUCGGCUACCAAUGUGGAGGGUGGACAAUAUCAUGGCAGGGCAGCUCAGGUAACAUCACCAAAGGAACAACAAUCUUAGAAGGCAUCAAGAAGGCUGUCAACAAGCAGAACCGGGUCGUGUUCCAAGAAAAACCCGACAAGCAAUUUGUUGACGAGAACCGCGAUUCUUCCUACGCAAUUGUGGUUGUCGGUGAGCUUCCGUAUGCAGAGACCGACGGUGAUAGCAAAGACCUCAGGCUAGGACUUGACGGCGAGGAGACUAUCAAGACUGUGUGCAAGGAGGUGAAAUGUCUGGUCAUCGUUGUGUCGGGUCGACCCGUGGUAAUAGAACCUUAUGUGGAUAUGAUGGAGGCAUUGGUGGCUGCUUGGCUUCCAGGGAGUGAAGCAGGAAAAGGGAUUGCUGAUGUUAUAUUUGGGGAUUAUGAUUUCCAGGGUAGGCUUCCCAGGACUUGGUUCCGUCGGGUCGACCAGCUGCCAAUGAAUUUUGGAGAUCCGCAUUAUGACCCGCUGUACCCAUUUGGGUAUGGGCUCCAGAUGGGUAUCCAGUCACACAAAAAAAGCCACAGCGUUUCAUCUUCCUCUGCGUCAUCCUUUUCAUCCAUUUGAUUGGAUUGAUUGGAUAAGGUAUAGAGUACAAAGAGAAAAUUUGUACGUGAAAAGGGCUAUAUAAGGAUCAGAAGGGUAUGUUUGUUGUUGUAGUCACUCAACCAGGUCAAAUUCCUAGGAUUGAGUACUAGGACUGGAUGUUUUUCUUUCAAAAAAUAUCAAAAAUUAGGGCCAUCUCCAAACUCACCCCUACCACGACCUUGUAUGGAUGGAAUCAACACUUGGUAAUGGCACUUUUUUUAUAUGGCAUGGAUCUAAAUACUAUUUUACUUCUAGUGUGCAAA